CAUUGAACUCUCUCUCUCUCUCUCUCUCUCCUCAUUACCCAACAAAUCAACAAUCACCAUGGUGAGAUCGAUAAUUUAUUAUUUCUCAUUUUCCAACAAACAAUUUGAAACAUUAACCAUUUCGUAUCUAAUAUUUUUCAAUUGGUCAACAAUUGUUAUCGUCCAAUUGUCUUCCUCUACCUGUGUUUUUAUAUCUCAUUAACCCCACCCUUCUUGACCACCACCACGUAUCAGUUUGUAUCCAAUUAGUUUGUAAAAAAAAGUUUCUCAUUAAGAAUGACAAUUAAUAAGAUUAUCAAUAACAUCUAAGACAAUCAACUUCUACACAUUUCCAAUCAAUCCAAAAUGUUAAUCAACUGUUAACUUUAAUCAUCAUUAAGAAGGUUUAAUUAUUUCAAAUGGAAUAUUGAAAAUAUUAAUAUUGUAGAAAUUAAAUUAAUAUCUUCAUUGUGAUUCCAUGGAAACAGAAUAAUUCUCAUAUUGAAUAAAACUCCCACCAUCAUGAUCCAGUUAUUAAUUCAUUUUUUAUUGAAUUAUCAUGAGAGGUUAAUAGCAGUUAUCGUCAAUUAAUUGUCUCCAAUGAUGAUAUUCAAGAUGAUAGAGAUGAUAAUCAUCUUGUAACCAGAUAACAUGGGAUUGUCUUCAAGUAAAGAUGAAUUCAAAUCCAUUUCCGUGACUGAUUAUGAUUCUGAAAUAUUAUUUGACUCAAUAAAUAACAAUAACAAUCAACUUAAUCAUAGUGAAUUGUUGGUUAAAUCACCUCACGAAAUAUUAGUUGAUCAUAAUGGUGAUCAAUUGAUAACUGGAUCAACUAAACUGUUGUCUUCAAUAAAUUGUCAACAUCCAAUUGAAUCAUAUUAUAAUAAUGGUGAUGGUGAUUUAAUUGGUGAUCAGCCAAAUCAGAAACAAUUAAAAAGUAAAUUGUUUUCAAGUGAAACAAAUCAUAAUAAUAGUAAAUUGUUUCCAAAGGAUUUAAAUGAGGAAAUGAAUGAUUUUCUUCAUCUAUUCAAUUCAAAUCAAACUAUUAACCAAUCAAACAAUAAUCAUCAAAAUCAUAACAAUUUAUUUUCAUCACCAGUUACACUUAAAAGUGAAAACAAAUUAAAGUUUUUCAAUUCUAAUCAAAGGGAUCAAAUUAGAUUCCCAAUUAUGGAUCAAGUUGAUAUUGUUGGUGAAUUAAAUUGCCACAAACCGUUAACACCAUCGGAUAGUUUUGAAGAACCAGUAAUGACCCCUGGUCAGUUCGGUAACAAAGGUGCCAAGGGUAGAGAUGAAGAUGAAGAUGAUGAUGUGACGGUCGAUAUUAAAUCCGAAGAUGAUAAUAAAAAGGAAACUGAUCAAGUGAUUUCGGAGAUUAAUCAAUUGUUGUCGGAACCUGAUGAUCUAUUAACACCCUCACCUUAUACCUGGAGAAGAGGCCGAUCCUUAGGUAAUAUAAUCGACGAUAAGAAUUUGAUUAAUCAUUCCAGUUCCAGUGAUAGAUCAAUGGACUCAUUGUUGAAAAACUAUCAAGAUAAUCAAAUCAAUCUUAAUUGCGAUGAUCCAAUUGAUUAUCCAGAAAAGAGCAAUGAUCAUCUCCAUCCACCAUCAUUGAACAGUUCAAAUGUUAACACCGAUGAUCAACUUGAGUCAAUUGAAGAUCUGAUUUGCAAAGAAAUGAAAACCACAAUUAAAAGUAAAAUUAAAUUCAUUUAUUCUGAUUGAUUCCAUUUGAUGAGUUAGUUUUAAUUGCUUUUCUUUUGUAUCAUUUGAUUUAGAUAAACUUGAUUCUUAUGACGAAUUGGAAAGAGAGUUAAUUGAUUCAAUUGAAUCAGAAUAUAUUGGAACAAGUUGAAUGUGAGAUAUGUUAAUUGUAUUGUAACUUUGCUGCCCUUUGGAUAUGGUAAACAAUUAAUUAGCCAUUUGAAACAAUUUAACCAAUUGUAACUCCAUAUUUUCAGUUCCCCGAUCGUUAGUGAAUGUGAUUUGUUAUUUGAAUAUACAUUAUAUAUAAAUAUUGAUUUCGUAAAGUUAAAUUGUUUCCAUGGU